GUGCUCUGCAUUGUUCAUCAUUUACAUUGCGCAUUAUCCGAGGCACCUUCCCAGGAGGGACUACACCAUCGCACCAACAACCGGACCGAUACUGCCAAAUCAACGCACUCGUCACCAUGGGCCAGACUAUCUCUGGAUACAUCGAGUCGUGGAUCCGACGCUUGUUUGAGUAUUUCUUUGGCUGGCAACUUCAGCGCUACAUUGCCAAGUUGAAGCCCAAGGAUCUCGGCGCAUGGGCAUUGUACAAUUACGAAGGGGUAUCUCUCAACCUGGAUAUCCUCCCAAGCACUAUGAAGGACCUAAGGACACUGGAGAUCCGACAGGAUGACGUGUUCAUCGUCACCUAUGCCAAAGCAGGAACAACUUGGACGCAGGAGAUCAUGUCCUGUGUGCUUCAUGAUGGUAACCUGGAUGAAGUCAACAAAAGACACACAAUUCAAAGGGUCCCUUUUUUGGAAAUGAGCUUCGGAGGCACCGUGCACAAUGACUGCCCUCGAACUCACCGGAUGAUCGGUUGGAUGCCCAGGAGUUCUCCUCGCCUCAUCAAGUCCCACCUCCCGGGUCAACUCCUCCCUCCCCAGGUCUGGGAGAAGAAGGUCAAGAUCGUCUACGUCAUCAGGAACCCGAAAGACGUGGCCGUGUCCUACUUCCAUCACACUCGACUGUUGUGUCCAUAUCUUGAUAUCAGCUGGGAUGAUUUCUUCGACAGGUUCCACAGUGGUGACAUUGGCUAUGGCAAGUGGUGGGAGCAUUACCUCUACUUCUGGGAAAGGAGAAACGAAGAUCACAUUCUUCUUCUGCGAUUUGAAGACAUGAAAAAGGAUCUGAGGGGUAAUGUGAAAAGGAUUAGCGAGUUCCUUGGCAAAUCUUUCUCGGAUGACAUCAUCGAUGCCAUCACCGACCACUGCACCUUCGCCAACAUGAAGAAGAACCCUAUGACCAAUCCAGAUGUCCUCAUUCAACAGAUCAUGGGGAAACAAGAGGGUGUGUCCUUUAUGCGGAAAGGCGUCACUGGGGACUCGAGGACCCACUUGUCUGAAUCCCAGGCAGAAGCUAUUGACGCCUUGUGCAGAGACAAGCUGGCAGUGGUAGGUCUCACUUUCGACUGAUGUUUUUUUCUCUCCCAGAGUGAUGUUGCUGCAACCUUUUGUAAUGAAUAUUAAUUUUGUUAACUUUCUCUUUCAAAGUAGUCCACUGAAAGGCAUCUCUUGUCAUUCGUUUUUCUUAGUGGCCACGUGAAUACCGAAUUAAUUGGAUGUUGCAUCGAGUGUAGUUCUUUUAAGUAUGUAUAUGACCACAAAUUCAAAGAUGACUGUAGGUAAUGUACCUUUCGAUGCUAUUAAUGACAUUGAUGGGACCAACAUUUUUUGAAAUUUUGAGUAUUCUUUUUUGUAGUUUAAGUUGACAAUCUGCUAUAUCGUUCACAAACAGAGAGUUUAUAAAAAAAAUGCACAAUUGGAUCACUGGGGAUAAAGAAACGAGACCAAUUCAUAUUGUACUUAAUGAAAAUUACUUUUGGAAUUAAUAUACAAUGCUAAGCACUGGGGAUAUUCAUUAAUGAGGGAAAAAUUGAUAGUAAGGUAGUCUGGAACCAUGUAUCUCAAACAAAAUAAUAGUUCCUGGUUCGAAAACCUUACCUACAAAUAUUAAGGUCAACAGCGUGGAUUGUAUAUCGUGAAUGGGUAUGGCCGAUCAUUUAACUAAUAUGGUGUUUCGUCUAUUGCCAAAAUCUAUUUUUAUGGACCGUUUUAUAAUUGGACUUCGAGGCCGCUAAUGAUUUGGUAGCUACAUUUAACCUUGGCCUCUCGGUUGAAUUUUCAGUUAAUCAAUUAAGUUAGUAAAAUGAACUAGAGAGGAGGCUGUGAAGGAUGAUGACGUCAGCGCCUGAAAUUGUGACUGGAGUCAUUAACUCGAGUCAUUUCGUUUCUGAUUGACUUAAAGUUCACAGGUGGUUCCCAAGUUUAAAACUGGACGCCUGAUACACAUCCAUUUUUCACGGAGAUCUCUGUGUCUAGAGAUUAACCAAUGCUGUACCAGUCUGUACAAUUGACAUUUUCUCCUUACAACUUACAGUUGUCUCCGAAAGUAUCCUCUAAGAAAUUUUUGUACGUCUAUAGAGUAUGUUUUUCGUCUCGUGCUGUGUGUUUUCAUAAUUAUUGUAACUUUGGUUUUGUAAUCGUUUUUUUAAACUUGUUUUAAAUGGUUGUAUGUUUACGUUAGAGCCUGUGCAAAAUGGUGACAAGGCUAUGUCCUUUGAGAAACAUUUAAAAUUAAUAAAAGUCAUAGUUUUACUUAUUUCUUCUCUCACAGAUUAAGAUUUAUGUGACAUUUUAGUUGAUUCUGUAUUCCACGCUUCAGGGCUUCUUGACGAAGUUUACUUUAUCUGUAACAUAUAUACAAUUCUUAUUCAACCGCGAAAAGUGCACUUGCAUUGUCUGCAACGGUUUUGUAAAUAAUAUGCAAAUGUUUUAUUUUGUUCAAUUGAAGGAGAAUAUAACAUUCAAAUCGGGA